AUGCGCCUUGCAUCCAUCCUCACCGUCCUGACUGCUGCAAUCACCAUGUCUGCUGCUUCUACCACUACCACCACCACCGACGGUCUCGUCAUCGAGGUCCUCAAGGCCGUCGAGAGCGACCGCCGCACUGUCAAUGGCGACAGCAUCAAAGUGCACUACCGUGGCACCCUAGCUUCCAACGGCCAGAAAUUCGAUGCCAGCUACGACCGCAACGCUCCAUUGGGCUUCACCCUCGGCGAAGGCCAGGUUAUCAAGGGCUGGGAACAGGGACUUGUUGGAAUGGCCAUCGGCGAGAAGAGAAAGCUCACCAUCCCACCAAAGCUGGCUUACGGAGAUAGAGGAAUCGGCCCUAUCCCUGGGGGCGCCACCUUGGUCUUUGAGACUGAGUUGAUGGAAAUCUCCAAGUCUGAGCUUUAA